AUGCGCUGGAAGAAAUUCUAUUUAAAAAAUUUAGAAAAGCAUCCGCAAACAUGGGAAGCAUUAAAAGUCAAUGGAUAUAUUAAUAAAGUAAAUGUUGACAAUAUUGCCAUCAUUACUAGGGAAUUAUUCAAAGUGAAUAUCGUGCGAGGUCGCGGUCUCUUGUGCCGUUCAAUCAUACAAGCUCAGGCUGCAUCUCCCACUUUCACUCAUGUUUACGCCGCUCUAGUUGCAAUUAUUAAUUCGAAGUUCCCAAAAAUUGGGGAGUUGUUACUGAAACGCUUAGUUAUACAAUUUAAAAGAGCUUUUCUCCACAACGAUAAAAAUGUUUGCUUGCCUUCUACACGUUUCAUAACCCAUAUUGUUAAUCAGCGCUUAGUUCAUAAAAUAUUAGCUUUGGAAAUAUUGACAUUACCUGUCGAAAUGCCAACGGAUGAUUCAGUGGAAGUGGCGAUCGCAUUUUUAAAAGAAUGUGGCGUGAAAUUGACUGAAGUCUCCUCGAAAGGCGCUGGGACCAUAUUUGAAAUGCUGAAGAACAUCUUGCAGGGAGGCAAAUUAGACAAACGUGUUCAAUAUAUGAUUGAAGUGGUAUUCCGAGUACGGAAGGAUGGUUUCAAAGAUCAUCAAUCCGUAAUUGAAUCGCUGGAAUUGGUUGAGGAAAAUGACCAAUUUACUCAUUUGUUAACGCUGGACGAAGCCACCGAUCUGGAAGAAUCGUUGAAGCCAUUUGAAGAAAUAUUUAAAUAUACUUAUCAGACUACCCAUACGAAUCGAUUACCCAAUGUAAGCAAGUUUUUUGCACAUCUAUUGUUUACCGAUGCAAUUGGGUGGGAUGUAUUGGAGUGUAUUAAAUUAAACGAGGAGGAUACCACAUCUUCGAGCCAUAAAUUCAUUAAAAUACUAUUCCAGGAAUUAGUCGAAUAUAUGGGCCUAAGCCAGCUGAAUCGUAAACUUAAGGAUGAAGCUUUGCUUGAAAGCUUAGCUGGUGUCUUCCCAAAGUCAAUACAUCCAAAGAAAAAAAUGAAUUAA